GUGAAAUAUUAAAGAAGACAAUUUUUCUCUAGGUUUUUUUUUAAACAGAAAAUUGUAUUACACUCAGUUUGCAUUUGACGAUUAUAACCAUUAAUAUAUCCCUGUUAUAUUUUACAUAUAUGACGUUAUACCUAACAAAAUGUACAAUUAUCUACAUUUUUCUCAAGUCUGUCGAUAAAUUUUUUAAUUUAUAUGCAUAUAAACAUAUAUAAGUAGCACGUGUUUAAUGUUAAGAUAAAUAUUUAACGUGUUGCUUAGUAAGCACAAGUUUCAGAAGUUAAUGAAAGGAUGUACAAUAAAUAAGAUUUUUCCAUUAUGGAAGGCAUAAAUAUUUAUGAAAAAAUAACAUCAGAAGAACUCAUUAAUACAACCUGCACCGAAAGUUAUGGAAAUGAUACCGAAUUUGUAAUAUUGAACAAAUGUACUACCGUGGAUGACAACAUGGUUGUUGGAGAAGAAGUAGAAGUUAAUGGAAAUGUGGACUUGCAUCAAAGAAAUUCUCUAGAUGGUAAUUGUUCUUUAGAAAAUAUAUCAACAUCUGCUGACGACAAUAUUCAUACAUGCAACAAAGAAAUAACGGAUUGUGUGGAAACUUGUUCUAUAAUUUCUUCCACAAGUUCUAAUAUUAAAGAUAAUUUAAGUCAAAUUAAUGACGAAGAAUCUACCAUGUUACCUAAUAUGAUGAAGGAAGUAUCUACGAUUGAUUACUGUAAUAAUACCGACGAUGAAUCUCAGGGUGACGAUGAAACGAUAGCAAUGUUUGUUACUGCUGCUGGUCAACAAUUAGCACUUUAUGCAGUUGAAGAUUCUGAGGAUAUUUUUGCUGUCUCUCUUUACGACGAGUCUGGUGAACCUCCAACAAAUUUCCAAUUCCUUAUGAAAGUAGAUGUGGAAAGAUUGAUAGGCGAAGGUGCUGUAAGAACGGUGAAAAAACCAUCACAGAUAAAAAAACACUUAUUAACUACACAAUCUUCUGUACUAUUAUCUAAAGAAUGUCUACUAAAUCAAGAAGCGGAAGAUGAUAUUGCUAAAGAUAUAGUUCACGAUAACUAUCAAAUAAAAGGAGAUCAAACGCCAUGGAUUAAAAGAUCGUGUUUGUCAAAAAAAAAUGAUGCAAAACAUGACGUUUCGUUAAAUAUGGAUUUUAAAUCCGAAGACUCAAAUGUAACAUAUGUAACGAUGGACGAUUGUACUAUGAUGUUAGAUUCAUCCUCUGUCGACGAAGACAAUAAUGAACAGGAAAUAUUAGUACAAUCAACGGUGCAAUAUAUUUUUUUUGAAGACAAUGAAUCUGAGUCAGAAUUAACAUUUGAUGAAGUUCAAUCGACCCUCAAAAAUAUGAAACACCAACGACGAACUUUCUCUAAGAAGUCAUGCACGAAAACAAAAGUAGAUGACGAAUCUGUUAAAUUAGAUGUGUCAUCUUCUAAAAUGAUUAUUUCUAAUGGAACAGAGUCAGAUGAUGAUAGAUUAAAUGCAAACAAAAAUACAGAAGAAUGUAGCCAAUCUAAACCAAUACAUACAGAGUAUAAAGCGAAGAGACCUCGUAAGCAACAAUUAACUUCUGUAAACCGAGAAGAUUCAGAAAUAAUCAUUCAACCGGCAUCUUUGCUAACAGAAAAUGACAAGAGUACAAAAUCAAGAGGUAAAAGAAGAAGAUUUACUUCGCCUUCUGAAUAUCAUGGUAAAAGGAAUAAUUCGAAAAAUUUGAUGAGAAUGAAACAAAGAGUUAUCGAGAUUAUUAAUAUAGAUCUUGAUGAAGAUGAAAAUAUGUCGCCGGUAGAAAAGAAUAUUGUUGAAAUAACUAUAGACGAAAAUAAAGACAAAUAUUCUAGCGACAAAGAAAAUGAUAUAAUAAUGGUAGGGGAUUCUGAAGAUGAAGUAAAAGAAAAUGUUUCCAAGCAUACGGGAACUCUUAUGCAAUGCGAAUUUUGUUCAAGACGGUUCAGACAGAAGAGAGCUUUGGAUACUCAUUCGCGUGUCUGUUCUAAAUCAUCAUCCGACGUAGUCAAAUUAGAUUCCCAAAAUCUUAAUCAUGUAAAUAAUGUUGAUAAAAAAAAAAACACCAAAUUGUAUGCGUGUAAAAUAUGUCAAGAAAAAUUUGAAGUUGUAGUUGCACUGGCUCGCCAUGUGCGUUUGGAACACUCGCAGAGGAAAAGACGUAUAUCUAGUAAAUCUUCUGGGGAGCCAGAUUCCGACGAAUCUUAUUCCAUGGACGUUACUAAAGAAAACGUGAGAAUACAUAAAAGAACGAAAAAAAAAAGGGAUCACGCUCAUUCGUGGGAAACUAACAAAUUAUGUUGCAAAGAUUGCGGAAGAUGGUUUUCAAGUGCAGCUUCCUUAAGUACGCAUUAUCUGAAGCACGAUACAAAGAGACCAGAGAAGCAGAUUCGUCGAUGUGAAAUUUGUAAGAAAUUAAUUAAAUCAAGAAUACUUUAUAUACGUCAUCUAAAAAUGCAUAAUAAUGUCAAAUUGUAUGCCGGAAUGAAUGCAUUGCAAAAGAAGUUACGAAGUACUCGGCAACCUACACGAAAGCUCAUGGCAUUGAGAAAAAGAGGAAGACCACGGAAACUUUGAUUGAUUUAUAAACAUGUUAUUACCAUUUAAAAUAUGCAGCCUUUCUGUUAAGUAAUGUUAAUGAUAUUCUUCUAUUAAAUUAUCUUUUUGAGUGUGUGUUUCGCACAUACUUUCUUUUUCUCUAGGAAGACAUUAAAAUAUUGUAAUUUGAAAUAAAUUAAUGUAUGUUGGUAUUAGCAUGAAUGUAUCAAUAUUAUUAUAUACUUUUAUGUUAA